UUUACUCGAAUGUUUCGCAUUAUGUCAUUUUUUCUUACUUGUUCUCAAAUUUAAAUAUACAUCCGUCUCACUUUUAUCGCAGAAAGUACAGUCAAGAAACAUGCAUUGUAAAUUCACAAGAAUCGUUUUUCUUGAAUCGUCCCGGUUGUGACUCUUCGAUCGAAGUAUCCGAAAAUAUGUGUUGAAGACCUCGGGACUAUCUCGGAGAAAUAUUGUUAAAUUCGUGUGGGUUGAACCAAGUACAACAGAAGACUUCGGGUGGUAUCAACGAUUUGCCAACGUCGCCGAUACAAGGAAAUUCGCAAAAUGGCCCAAAGCGCAGCUCUGCUAACGCGCAUAAUGGCAUCUUCUGUGUCUGCCGCGGUGCAAGCUGGCAAGAUAAUAAGAGAUGUUCUGAGUAAAGGCGGAUUAAACAUAGUGGAGAAAGGCAAGAACGAUCUGCAAACAGAAGCAGAUCGUUCCGCCCAGAAGUGCAUCAUAGCUUCUUUGAGCCGACAGUUUCCAAACAUUACAAUUAUCGGCGAGGAGGAGCCGUCCAACUGCGAGGUUCCGUCUGAGUGGAUCGUCACGGAGGCGGAUCAAGAAGUGUUGAAGCUGAAGCUGCCGGCCCAUCUGGAAGAUAUUAAUCCCAAGGAUGUGUGUGUAUGGGUGGACCCUCUGGAUGGUACAGCAGAAUAUACUCAAGGACUAGUGGAGCAUGUUACUGUAUUGGUCGGUGUGGCGAUCGGGAGAACAGCUAUCGGUGGUGUGAUACAUCAACCAUACUACAAAAAUGAUGAAAGUGGCAUGUUUGGUCGUACAUUGUGGGGUAUCGACGGUGCUGGAUUUGGUGGAUUCGUGCCGAAACCACCUCCGGAAGGGAAGAGAAUAAUCACGACCACACGUUCGCAUUACGACAGCGUUGUACAGAACGCCAUAAAAUCCUUGAGUCCUGACGAGGUAAUGCGUGUAGGCGGCGCUGGACACAAGGUAAUUCUCUUGCUGGAGGGGAAAGCUCACGCGUACGUGUUCGCCAGUCGCGGCUGCAAGAGAUGGGACACCUGCGCGCCCGAGGCCGUCCUUCAUUCUAUCGGUGGUGUCCUGACCGAUCUUUAUGGCGAGCGUUAUUCGUACAAAGCAGGAACGACGUACGCAAAUACGAGAGGUGUGUUGGCUACAGCACCCGGCCAGUCGCACCAAUGGUACUUGAGUCGUAUACCCGAUGAGGUGAAGCAAAACUUACAAUAGGUAAUUAGGUCGUCUCCACUUGGACUUUUUCUCAAGUAUUCUUGAUACACAGGGUUGCAAUUUUUUUGGUAAUUUUCUAAAGAAAAUUAUUCAUGUAAAGAAUGUUAUAAAUGUUUAGAUCUCAUCAUCAUAAUCAUUCUCACUCUCUCUCACUCAUUCACUCACUCGCUCACUCUUAUCAUUAUCAUCGCUCGUUAUUAGAUUUUCCUUUAAAUUGGUACUCAGAAUUGGUUUCUUUCGAGACGAUUUACGGAGGUCACGUCUGCCAGUCACGUCUCUUUUCGGUCGUGUUUUAGCGCGUAACGACCCAUAAAUAUGUGGAACAUGAACACGGAAAGAGAAGUUUAAAAUGUCAGAAUAAAGUGGAGAAUCUUGUUUCUCAGCGGCCCCCGUGCAACGAGGAGAGGGCAAACGUGACAUACAAAAAGCACCUAGAUUAAUUCUAAGUGCUGAUUUAAAUAUUAAAAAAAUAAUCAUUCAAACAUUUCAACUCAUUUCGGGAGCUUUUUUUACAUGGACAUGGUUUUCAUCUCUCUUUGGAUAUUUCAACAAUUAUCUCUUGGACGGCAGAUUACGAAGAACAUUCCAUGCAACGACUAUACGUUGUUCCUCACAUGUUAAUUGCGAUCAGAAAGAAUAAAAGUACAUCAAAGAGCGGCAGCGUUCUCCUCGAGACAAUGUAACACAUGCAAAAAGAGAAAACAAUAAAGUUUCGGUGUAGAGGACCGCA